UAAAAGAUAUGGGAGAAGGAGGAGGAGGAGAAGUAUAUGAGAAGAUAAUAAUUGUUGGAGUUUGCGUCAUGGAAAAGAAGGUGAAAUGCGGAAGCGAGGCCUUUUCUGCUCCAAUGAGACAGAUUCUGGACAGGAUUAAGGCUUUUGGCGAAUUUGAGAUUCUCUAUUUUGGUGAUAAGGUUAUUCUUGAAGAUCCGAUAGAAAGCUGGCCAGUCUGUGAUUGUUUGAUUGCAUUUUACUCCUCUGGAUUUCCCCUUGAGAAGGCUGAAGCAUAUGCUGAUUUAAGGAAACCGUUCCUUGUGAAUGAGUUGGAACCACAACACCUUCUUCAUGAUCGACGAAAAGUAUAUGAGCGGCUUAAAAUGUUCGGUAUAUCUGUUCCAAGAUAUGCCCUUGUAAAUAGAGAAGCACCGUACCAAGAGCUGGAUUAUUUUAUUGAAGAUGAAGAUUAUGUUGAAGUGCAUGGAAAUCUUUUCUGGAAGCCAUUUGUGGAGAAGCCUGUUGACGGGGAUGAUCAUAGUAUAAUGAUAUAUUACCCCAGCUCAGCAGGUGGAGGUAUGAAAGAAUUGUUUAGGAAGGUUGGAAACAGAUCAAGUGAAUUCCAUCCUGAAGUUAGAAGAGUAAGACGAGAAGGUUCUUACAUAUAUGAGGAGUUUAUGCCAACUGGAGGAACUGAUGUGAAGGUCUAUACAGUUGGCCCUGAAUAUGCUCAUGCUGAGGCUAGGAAGUCUCCUGUUGUGGAUGGUGUUGUAAUGAGAAAUCGUGAUGGUAAAGAAAUAAGAUAUCCUGUGUUGCUGACACCUAAUGAGAAGCAAAUGGCAAGGGAAGUCUGCAUCGCAUUUAGACAAGCGGUGUGUGGAUUUGAUCUUUUGCGUUCCGAGGGGCGCUCAUAUGUUUGUGAUGUGAAUGGAUGGAGUUUUGUGAAAAAUUCUCACAAGUAUUACGAUGAUGCAGCUUGUGUGUUGAGGAAGAUGUUUUUAGAAGCAAAAGCUCCUCAUCUUUCUUCAGUAAUACCACCAACAUUACCAUGGAAAGUAAAUGAACCAACCCCGCCUUCUGAAAGACUUACUCGCCAAGGAAGUGGAGUUAUUGGCUCAUUUGGACAGUCUGAGGAGCUACGUUGUGUCAUAGUUGUUAUUCGCCAUGGUGAUAGAACUCCCAAGCAGAAAGUAAAAUUGAAGGUUACUGAGGAAAAACUGCUAAACUUGAUGCUAAAGUACAAUGGGGGGCGACCCAGAGUUGAGACAAAACUUAAAAGUGCUGUUGAAUUGCAAGAUCUUUUAGAUGCUACAAGGAUGCUUGUACCCAGACCAGGCGCUGGAAGUGAUAAUGAAGCUGAUGAUUUUGAGCAUGCUGAAAAGCUUCGUCAAGUUAAGGCAGUACUCGAGGAGGGGGGGCAUUUUUCUGGCAUUUAUAGAAAGGUUCAAUUAAAGCCCCUAAAGUGGGUUAAAGUUCAAAAAAGUAAUGGUGAAGGUGAAGAAGAAAGGCCUGUUGAAGCUCUGAUGAUUCUUAAAUAUGGGGGUGUCCUUACACAUGCUGGGAGGAAACAGGCUGAAGAACUGGGAAGAUAUUUCCGAAAUAAUAUGUAUCCAGGUGAAGGUACUGGCCUACUUCGCCUUCAUAGUACAUAUCGUCAUGAUCUGAAAAUAUAUAGUUCUGAUGAGGGCCGUGUGCAGAUGUCUGCAGCUGCUUUUGCUAAAGGCCUACUUGACCUUGAAGGGCAGCUAACGCCAAUCCUGGUAUCCCUUGUUAGCAAGGACUCCUCUAUGUUGGACGGACUCGAGAAUGCAAGCAUUGAGAUUGUAGAAGCAAAGUCUAGGCUGAAUGAAAUUAUAACUUCUGGUGUGAGGUCGGCUCAUAGUAAUGUAACAUCUGAGUGUCCUUGGAUGACUGAUGGAGCUGGAUUGCCUUCUAAUGCUUCUGAGCUACUUCCCAAACUGGUAACAUUAACUAAGAAGGUUACUGAACAAGUCAGAAUACUUGCCAAGGAUGAAGAUGAGAAUCUUGCUGAGACAAGCCCUUAUGAUGUGAUUCUCCCAUAUGACCAAGCAAAGGCACUUGGUAAGACAAAUAUUGACAUUGAUCGUAUUGCUGCUGGAUUGCCAUGUGGUAGCGAGGGAUUCCUUUUGAUGUUUGCUCGGUGGAAAAAACUUGCAAGAGAUUUGUAUAAUGAACGUAAAGAACGUUAUGAUAUAACUCAAAUUCCUGAUGUUUAUGACUCUUGCAAAUAUGAUCUUCUGCAUAACGCACAUCUUAAUCUUGAAGAUUUGGAUGAGCUCUUCAAAGUUGCCCAGCUUCUGGCAGAUGGUGUCAUACCUAAUGAAUAUGGGAUUAAUCCAAAGCAAAAGCUAAAAAUUGGUUCCAAGAUUGCACGCCGUUUGUUGGGCAAAAUUUUGAUUGAUCUGAGGAAUACUCGCGAAGAAGCCCUUCAUGUUGCUGAGUUAAAGAGUAAUCAAGACUACUGCUCAAACUCAACCAAGACUGAAAAGGCUAAUGAAGGGUUUCCACCAGAGCUUUCCACCAAGACUGAUGACAUGAGAAAAUCUAAUUCCACAAGUGAGAUGUCAAUAGAUCAAGACGAGGAUGAUGAUAAAGAGACCAAAUACCGUUUGGACCCAAAAUACGCAAAUGUCAUGACACCUGAACGCCAUGUGCGGACACGUCUAUACUUCACAUCGGAAUCGCAUAUCCAUUCCCUCAUGAAUGUAAUUCGGUACUGUAACCUAGACGAAUCUCUUCAGGGAGAAGCUGGUCUCGUUUCCCAGAACGCCUUGGAACAUUUGCAUAAAACGAAGGAACUUGACUACAUGAGUCACAUUGUGAUUAGAAUGUUCGAAAACACAGAGGUAGCUUUAGAAGACCCACGACGGUUCCGCAUUGAGUUGACAUUUAGCAAUGGUGCAGAUUCAUCCCCAUUGGAGAGGAAGGACGACAGUGAGGCUUCCCUGAAGCAGGAGCAUACACUGCCAAUAAUGGGUCCAGAAAGGCUGCAAGACGUGGGCUCCUAUCUCACAUUAGCGAAAAUGGAAAAGAUGAUUCGGCCAUUUGCGAUGCCGGCUGAAGACUUCCCUCCGCCAUCAACCCCGGCUGGAUUUUCAGGCUACUUCUUGAGAAGUGCAUUGGUGCUUGAGCGUCUGGUUAACCUUUGGCCUUUCCAUAAGAAUGCUCAUACCAAUGGAAAGUAACAAGUUCUCCAUUACACUCCUUUUAACCCGUUUCUCCCAUUCUUUUGUUUUGCCAUUGAUGCAUCCUUUUUUUGUUAUUACAUCUCCUUUAAACAACAGCCAAGGGAGGUCUCGAGCUCGUUGUUUUGGUGAAUAUUGUUUUAUUUUUUUCUCCGUAUAUUAACUUUGAACAACAAUAAGAAUGUUGUUAGAAGAAUGUUUAAAACUGUAUA